CAAGGCUAACUGUUAGCAUCUGAAGUGAGCACGCGCCUUGUUAUCUAUUUUUUUAAUCUUGAUAUCUGAAGUAGAAAUACCAACUUUAGCGGAGAAACAGAAGCAGGUUAUAUUAUAUAAAUGUGACAGCAAAUCCUCUUUAGAUAUUUUUUAGAUAUUUUUUCUUCUUUUUUUUAAUAAACCUUUAUUUAAAGUGAAGGCAAACAAAACGUUUACGUCAAAUCGGGGGCGUGGCUAGACACUUUUUUUUAUUGUGGGACCAAAGUGCAUUGUGGGUGGGCACAGCUUAGUGAAUUUCUCUGCAAAAUGUGUAAUUUUAUUGACUUAAUCAAUAAACAAUGAGGAGAAUGACAUUUCCAUCAUUAUCGGCAGUACCUGAACGCACCACAAGCUCUAAACAGAGCGGUAACCAUGGCGAUGCAGGUGUCUGAGUCCGACCAGAUCAAGCAGUUCAAGGAGUUUCUGGGAACCUACAACAAGGUGACGGAGAACUGCUUCAUGGACUGUGUCAAAGACUUCACCACCAGAGAAGUCAAACCCGAGGAGUCCAGCUGCUCCGAGUCCUGCCUGCAGAAGUACCUGAAGAUGACCCAGCGGAUCUCCAUGCGCUUCCAGGAAUAUCACAUUCAGCAGAACGAGGCUCUGGCCGCCAAAGCGGGCCUGCUGGGUCAGCCCCGCUGAAGCGGUUCUGAGGGCGUGAGCAGAACCACGCUGGUCCGGGUCCAGCAGAUCCACCACCACCAGGAUAUGGACUAAAGUUUAUAAGUUUCUUCUUUACAGAAAGAUGGAAAACAGUUUUUUAACGGUAUGUUCAAAACCAAAACUCUGCAAAGAUCAUUUUGAGUUUUACAAUAAAAUAAUUUGUCUUUUUUAUUUAA